CAGACACCGAGACGCUCGAUGACCCAAGUUUAAGAUCUGUGACGGUGACGACACGCGCAGGGGCAGUGACUGCCAUGAUGAGACGUGCCUGUCUCUGAUAUCUGAAACCAGAGGACCAUGGGCUCCCGCAUCAAGGAAAACCCAGACAGGAUAUUCGAUGGAUUUUUUGAAGUUUUGCGCCCGGCAUCAUGUGAUGAAGAUCCAGUUGUGAGAAGACAGUUUCCCAAACAUCUGGACGAUCAGGACUCUGUGGCCCCGCUAACCAAAUUCUGCUUCCCGUUUUACACGGAGAGGUGGGAGAAUUCUUCUGUCCAGCAUUUCAGUUUCACCUUGACCGAUCUCCAGGGCUACCAACGCAUCGGUUUCUGCCGCCUGUCCCUCCACGCCAAAAGCUGUAUCUGCAUCCUAAGCUGUUUACCUUGGUUUGAACUUUUCUACAAACUUCUCAACAACAUUGCUGAGCUUUUAGUGAAGGAACAGAUCAAUGAGUUGGAUGAUCUCCUACGGUCUCUGUAUCAGCAACCGGUUCCUCCGAUGAACACGGCGCUGAACCUGGAAAUGUUGUCCUGCUUCAUUACUCCUGAUCCUGCGCGACUGCCAUCCAUCCCCGAGAAUAGGAACCUCACCGAGUUCCUGGUGGCUGUCCACGUGGACCCCAUGCUCCAGUUAUACUCCAGCCUCCUGUUUGAGAGAAGAAUCCUCAUCACCUGUAGCAAACUCAGCACUCUCACCGCCUGUGUACAUGCCUCCGCUGGCCUGCUGUACCCCAUGUACUGGCAGCACAUCUUCAUUCCCACCUUGCCACCCCAUCUUCUGGAUUAUGUUGGGGCUCCCAUGCCUUACCUGAUUGGCAUCCACAGCAGUCUAAUGGAGCACGUCAGCACUAAGGCUAUGGAGGAUGUGGUCGUUUUCAAUGUGGACACCAACAACUUGGAGACUCCAUUCCAGGACCUACAGAAUCUGCCCCCACACGUGGUGUCUUUCUUGAAACUCCGCUUGAAGAAGCAGUCGGCACUGAUGGGAGACGGGAUGUCGCGCAUGUUCCUCAGAGCCCAGGCAAUGCUUUUUGGCAGCUAUAGGGAUGCCCUUGUCUGUUCCCCGGGAGAACCGAUAUCAUUCUGCCAGGAGUCCUUUGUGAACCAUAAGUGCAGCGCGACGAGAAGCUUCCUACAGAACGCGGUGCAUCUGCAGCUAUUUACACAGUUCAUAGACAGUCGCUUGGAGAAGUUAAGUGCUGGGGCUGGGUUCACGGACGUCUUUGAGAAGGAGAUAACGAGCUGUGGCCUAUCAGGAAACUCCAAAUCUUAUCAGCUCUGGCUGGACAACCUAAAGAAAGGAAGCGGUUCCCUUAUACAAAAUGUAAAGUCUCGAACGCACCCCGCCGUGAAGAACAUGCUGAGAUAUGCCAAAGGACAAGCGAGGACUGGACUUCAUGGGAUGAGAAGCCGGAUUAAACAAAAGGAACAGCACCAGCUCCAGCGUGGGGUUUCCCUAAAGGAAGACAGGGGCUCAGCAAAGAACCAUGAAAAGUUGCAGUGCCGCUUGCCCAUCACGCAGCACUUUGGACAGUCACGGCCAAGGAGACCUGGAAAGAGAAACAUGGAACCGGAUCCUGAAGAUUCUCUGAGAUACCCCAACGGUGAGCGGAGCGAGGAGAGCGACGCCGUGCCGCAUGCAGUGGAGGAGUUUCCGCUCUUGGAGGAGCAGGGCAUGGACCUCCUGGAGGAAAUCUUUGAGACGCUGAACACGAGAGCGCCCGGGGAGAGCCGUGCGUUAUACGGGACACACAGCCUGGACUUCUUCAACUUAGAGGACAGUCAGUACUUCGCCAGGUCUAUUAGUCCAACAAGCGAGCAAGAUCUAAGCAUGAGCCAGCCUAGAGAUUCAGCCCUUUGGUACCUGCAGGAAGAGGAUGAGGUGUCCUCCGACAACCCCAACUUGUCUCCAGACGUCAUGUCAGUGACAUCAGAGAACUUGCCACCAAACCCAGAGACCACGGAUGACCUUUCACCACCUCCAGAACGUACUCCAUCUCUGCCUGAUCCUAUUACGUCUCGUGACCCAGAGGUCACAUCACCAGCUCUUGAAGAAGACACGAUAAAAGAGGUCAAGUCAGAAACUGAAGAGGUCACAUCGCAAGCUAAAGAGGUCAAGUCACUAGAAAAUGAGUCUCCUCCAUCAACCGAGGUCAGUUCACUCAACGUAGAAGUCCUUCCACCAACCAACGAGAACCCACCGCUAAGCAGAGAGGUCAUUCUACCAACCAAGGAGGUCAAGCCACCAAUAAAGGAAGACUCGUUACCAAUGAAUGAAGCUACGUUGCUAACCAAAGGCAUCCCUUCACCAAACCCAGAGUCUGAUGCCCCCCACAUUAGUUUGGAAAUGAGCAAAACUACUGAAGAUCCAUCGCCGACCCAGCAGAGAGCAAGUGAGAAGGACUCAGAAAGUGGAGACUCCCAUGCAGUUUCCCAAAGUACGGGAGAUCCCUCAGUACUGGCAGCUGUCUCCCGAUUCCAGAGCAGACCUUUGGACUCUCGACUGAUGUGGCCCGGAACAAAGAGGGAGGCAGCCCAGAAGGUGAUAGAUUGGAUUAAUCAGCAGCAGAGAAACACUCAUCCGGUCACCGCACAGAAAUCCAAUUCUCAGACUCACCGUACCUUCGAAACGAUCCAAACGGCCCACCGCACACUCAGCGCACACUCAGGUUUCACCCCGAUGGUCAACGUCCCGAAGCCAGUCAACAGAGCACACAAUGCUCCAGGGACCGUACACUUAAAGAGCGAGGGGGUGAGGCAGGAGGUUACCCCGAAACCGGCAGAUUUGAGUUCACCGUCUCUCCCUAAAGUCUCCGAGCUGAAGAAGAGGUUUGAGGGAUAAACACACGAUGGCAUACGGAGCACCCUCGGGAAUACAAUGACUAGAAAUGCAGGUAUUUUAAUUUAAUAGCUAAAUGCAAGAGCAAAGAAGAAAAAAAAACAAUCACUUGGGUUUCUGAUUAAAAAUAAUUUUAUUUUCUUUUAAAAAAAAAAAAAAUCUCGAUCGGUACAAAAUGAGUCGGGUAAAGAGAGUCUCAUUUGGCAGAAACAUGACCAGGGGAGAAAGGUGGGCUUCUUCUAUCCAAUCACAGCCAAUGAACUGCAAUAAGGCACCUAAUGGGUUUUAUAUAUAAAAUUCUUAUCGUUGGGGCAACCAGCUGAACCUUCCUGCUGAUUGGACCAUUCAACUGGCUGCAUUUAAUAUAUAUAUAUAUAUAGAUACACACACAUGUACACAUAUAUAAGUACCCCCAGCGUAUGGAAGGAACCUUGCCGGCAGGUAAAGGAAAGGCACCUUUAACCAUAAAGUGACCGAGGUCACACUAUACAGAGUGGCUUAACCCAGCGAGUGCCAGAGGGUGAGCGUCACACAAUGCAAUGCAUUACCCAUCUGGUGCUUAAAAGGGAUAAUAUAUUAGCAAGCUGUAUAUUUAACACAUUAUGCGGUAAAAGGAAUAAUAAUAAAAAGGUACAUGUGUUGCAGAUCCGUCGCCCGUGUAUUCUCUGUCCGAAAGAAGAAUAAAUUAUUGAGCAGUUCUGGGGCAAAGUUAAAA